CUUCUUGAAAAGGAAGAAAUCCAGAGGUUGAAGUCUGUAAUUUUGAUUCCCUUCUGUUCUGGCUACACUGAAAUCUCAAACUGUUGUCUAGCCAAUUUAACUGGGUCACCUAGGAGGUGGGUCUGCAGCCUGAUAUUACUUCCAUUAUGGACACAGUGAAAGGGAGCUCAGUUCACCUGUUUUACCAGGUAGAAUCUGUCAGUCUCCCUCUUCCAUCCUUCAAAAAUAAAGGCGCCAGCAGGUAACAAUUAUUCCUACUUGAGCCUCUGAAGCAAAGGAGCAUGUAAGAAAACCUCAGUCUGGCAUUUCGUAGUGUUUUAUGCCACCUAAAAAUGCGGCAGAAGAGAACAUCUGCUCUCCUGGUGUUGUCUUUCAAAUUCUUCUGUGCUCUGUCCGUGGCGGCGAGCUGGCUUUUGAAAAAGAGAUGACUUCUGCAGGCUGUAUGCAGAGCUGACUUGAGGGAAGACAGCAUGACUUACAAUGGAUGCUCAUCCUGAAGGAGGAAUUCUGUACACCAGAGCUGAAACAAGGACACCUUGGAGCAAGCAUCAAAGGGACUCCGGCAGGAUGUUUAUCAGCAUCAGGAAAGUCAGAAAGUUUGUGCAGUUACUUGCCACUUGCUGCAUAGUAGGUCUCAUGAUUUUCUGGACGCCCCUUGAUAAUACCGUUGUGAGCCAUAUGAAGUCCUAUUCUUACAGAUACCUCAUAAAUAGCUACAACUUUGUGAAUGACAGCCUGUCUGUUAGCAAGCACAGUUCGGACAGAGUAGCAAGGUACCCAUACUUGAUCAAUCACAAGGAGAAAUGCCAACAGCAAGAUGUCCUCCUCCUAUUGUUUGUAAAGACUUCUCCUGAAAACCGGCAUCGGCGCAAUGCGAUUAGACAAACAUGGGGUAAUGAGAACUAUGUCCAUUCUCAACUGAAUGCCACCAUUAAAGUGGUUUUUGCUUUGGGGCAACUAAGAGAUCGUACGCAGCAAGCACAAGUGCAAAGAAAACUUAUCUUAGAAGACCAGAAAUAUAGUGACUUGAUUCAGAAAGACUUCCUGGAUACUUUUCACAAUCUUACCCUUAAGUUACUUCUGCAGUUUAGCUGGGUGAAUGCUUACUGUCCUCAUGCAAAGUUUAUUAUGUCUGCUGAUGAUGACAUCUUUAUCCACAUGCCAAACCUUGUGGCUUAUCUUCAAAGUCUUGCCCAAAUGGGAGUUCAAGAUCUCUGGAUUGGCCGUGUCCAUCGUGGCUCCCCUCCCGUGCGAGAUAAGUCGAGCAAAUACUAUGUCCCAUAUGAAAUGUACCCAUGGUCUUCAUAUCCUGACUACACAGCUGGGGCUGCCUAUGUAAUAUCAAGCGAUGUAGCAGCUAAAGUAUAUGAGGCUUCACAGACUCUUAAUACAAGCCUCUAUAUAGAUGAUGUUUUCAUGGGUCUCUGUGCCAAUAAAAUGGGAAUUGUACCACAAUAUCAUGCAUUUUUUUCUGGGGAAGGGAAGGCUCCAUAUCAUCCUUGUAUUUACAACAAAAUGAUGACUUCUCAUGGACAUGUAAAAGACCUUCAUCGCCUGUGGAAGCAGGCGACGGACCCCAAAGUCAAAAACUUUGCCUCUGGAUUUCUUAAUAGAGUGUACUGUAAACUUGUUAACAUCUGGCUGCUUUGCAACCUACACUAUGAGGACACAUAUCCUUGUUCUGCUGUAUUUUCCUAAUACUUGAAUAUCUGCAUACAAGUUUACUGAGCCAAAAUGGAACUACAACUCAUAACAGUUAUCUAAAAUGUAUGUAAACAUGAAAGAGGGGACAUUUAAAAUGUGAAUAGUUUUUUGGGGCCCGGGGGGGGUGGGAAUCCUAAUCUACAUUGUUCAGGAACUUUACCAGAAUAGCUCUUUAUUACUGUAUUAAACUUUCCAUAUGUCCACAAUGAUUUUACAUCCUUUCCCUCUAGGAAUUUGUCUUGCAUAGAAGUCGGUUCAUAAAUUCAUUUAAUAAUCUUUUUAGAUGUGAAAAUGUCCUGUGAAAAGUAAGUGAACUUGGCAAGUCCAGCAUCGAGAAGCCUUGUUAACUGCAUUCAUUCUUAGGUUUUGAAUGCCAGAGUGUAAACGGGCACAAUGCUUCAAGGAAAUGAAAUGGCAUGUCACUGAUGCACCUGUUGAACAAUUUUGACUAUGAUGUAGCACUUUCCAAAACAGGAAGUUAAACUCUUGGCUCUAUGAAAGCAGGAUGUAGUGGCACCUCUUAACAGUUUUGAGUAAAGAAAGUUGCAUGUGUUUACUUU